AUGCUAGGUUGUAAACCAACAGAGUCUCCCAUUGAGGCAAAUCACAAAUUACAAGCUGGAGUUGGGGAAUCCAUGGAUAUUGGGAGAUAUCAGAGGUUGGUUGGCAGAUUGAUUUACCUUUCGCAUACCAGACUAGAUAUAGCAUAUGCAGUGGGUCUAAUUAAGGCUUUUACAGAUACAGAUUGGGGUGGAUCUCUUGAUGAUAGGAGAUCGACAUCUAGUUACUAUACUUUUGUUGGUGGUAAUCUAGUCACUUGGAGAAGCAAGAAGCAAAAUGUGACAGCUAGAUCCAGUGCAGAGGCUGAGUUUAGAGCAAUGGCUCAAGUCACGUGUUUUCGUUGCUCACCACUCCAAGUAAAGCAAAAUGGACCUUAA